AUGAUUGCGCUCGCUUUGCGCCUGCAUCCCGAUCUCGAUCCGGCAGCCAUCGUGGACCCGCAGCCACGGGAUAUCACGCCGCCCGAGCUGCCGGCGCCUGCGGAACCCGCGGACACCACGGCCUGGACCUCCAGUCUGGUGGUAUCGCAGCUCCUCCGCCUGGCCAGCGCGUUCCUGGCGCACGAUGCCGACGCGAUCGUGUCCAUGCUGGACGGAUCGGUGUACGUGGCGGGAAUGAACGUGACGCGCGCACAGGCGCAUGCGGCACUGGACGCGCUGUUCCAGCGGCGAUCGCUGGCCGGCAUCUCGCUGGCCCAGAUCUACGACACCGACAGCGUGAUGGCGCAACCGUACGAUAUGGGGGCCGGCGCCCUGGCCGACGCCUUCCAGGUAAGCAUGGACGCCCGCCUGGACCUUUCGGCCGACGUGCCUUUCUGGGGCACGGAUCAGCGGUUCGUGCUGCGCCCCGCAGGGAACUCCUGGCUGAUCUCGGCGAUCCUGUUCUCGGACGCACAGCAGCUCCCUGCGAGCUGGUCCCCCGCUCCCAUGGAGUCGGCCACGGCCGCCGAACAGCGGAUGCGCGCCGCUGCCACGCGUAAGCGGGACAUGGGCGGAGCGGAUGGCGGUUGCGCAAGCGUUGCUGGAAGGCGCCGACCGGUUCCUGGAGAAGGACACCGACGGCGUGCUGGCCGCGGUCGACAGCCAGGUGCUGCUCGCGGACGGCGCGUCGGUGACGCGGGAGUCGCUGCGAGCUAUGCUGACCGAUACUUCGGCAGCACCCCGUACCGCGGCCUGCGAGCCGGCGACAUCAUCACGGUAGGAUCGGUGGAGCCGCUGGGCUCCGGUGACGAGCGCGUGUACCGCGCCGAAGUCAGCUUCGAGGACCGGUAUCAGGAGGCGCUGCCGUCGAUCCCGCUCGGGGCAGAGCUUCGAUCUGCGGGACGCUGA